AUGGCUUACAUUCCACCCACCUCUGAGCCCAUUGCCAUUAUCGGCAGCGCGUGUCGCUUCCCAGGGAAUUCGACGUCCCCAGCCAAACUUUGGGAGCUCCUGAGCAAUCCUCGCGACCUUUCUCGAGAGAUCCCCCAAGAUCGAUUCAACGUCCAGGGGUUCUACCAUCCUGACGGAGAACACAAUGGGACGACCAAUGCCCCCAAGGCCUACUUCCUCGAGCAGGACCACCGACAGUUCGACGCGACAUUCUUUAAUAUCACCCCAAAGGAGGCAGAGGCCAUUGAUCCGCAGGGCAAGAUCCUGCUCGAGACCGUCUACGAAGGCAUGGAUUCCGCCGGCAUCAGCCUGCAGGAGAGCAUGGGGAAACGGAUUGCCGUCUUUGUGGGCACAAUGACGGCGGACUAUGACCUGCUCACCGGCAAGGAUGAGCUGAUGUUUAGCCAGUACUGCGCGACGGGAACGUCCCGGGCGAUCAUCUCCAACCGUGUUUCCUACUUCUUCCACUGGAACGGGCCGUCCAUGACCAUCGACACCGCCUGCUCCUCCAGCCUAGUGGCGCUGCAUCAGGCCGUGUUGAGCUUGCGGAGCGGCGAGAGCAGUAUGGCCUGCGUGGCGGGGACGAACCUCAUCCUGGGACCGGAGAUGUUCAUCUGCGAGUCCAAUCUGCACAUGCUGUCGCCGAACGGGAGGUCCCGCAUGUGGGAUGAGGGAGCCGACGGAUAUGCGCGCGGCGAAGGUGUGGCGGUCCUCUUCGUCAAGACACUGUCACAGGCCCUGGCGGACGGGGAUCACAUCGAGUGUAUCGUUCGAGAGACGGGGGUGAAUUCCGAUGGCCGGACCAAGGGGAUCACGAUGCCUAGUGCAACCGCCCAGGCAGCCCUGAUCCGAGACACGUAUGCCAGGUCGGGUCUCGAUGCCCGCAAUUCGCAGCAUCAAUGCCAGUAUUUCGAGGCGCACGGCACGGGCACCCAGGCCGGGGACCCGGUGGAGGCCGAGGCUAUCUACACAGCGUUCUUCGGGGAGGCGAGUGAGGACAGUCAGGAGGAACAUUGCAUGCUUGUCGGGUCUGUGAAGACCGUCAUCGGACACACCGAGGGUGCCGCAGGGGUUGCAGGAGUCAUCAAGGCGAUGCUGGCCAUGAAGCACCACCUGAUCCCUCCCAACCAGCACAUGGCCCGCCUCAACCCCAGGAUUGCUCCUUUCGCAGCACGCCUCAAGGUGCCCACUGUCCCCUGGCCCUGGCCUCGUGUGUCCACCGGGCAUCCAUUGCGCGCCAGCGUCAACUCGUUCGGCUUUGGAGGCACCAACGGGCAUGCCAUCCUGGAGCACUACGAUCCUGCGAUUCACGGGCGAGGACUAGUGCAGCCAACUGUCCUAACGCCCACUAUUCAACACUCUCCCAUCCCCUUGCUUCUCUCCGCGAACUCGGAGAAGGCGCUGUCACGGCUGGUGAGGAGGUUCGCCGAUUAUCUAUCCACCGAGACAGACGUUAACCUCGCGGCUCUAGCCUGGACAAUGGCUGCGCGUCGAUCUGUGCUCCCUCACCGGGCAUCCUUCUCCGUGGCAUCCGGCGUCGAGACCCUGAUCCAGGAUAUGCAAUCACAACUCGACGCGGCCGAAAACUCCCAGGCCGGAAUGGGGGUCCGCGCCAAACCGACGGACCAGCCCAACCGGAUCCUCGGGGUGUUCACGGGCCAAGGCGCGCAAUGGCCCCAGAUGGACAAGCAAUUGCUUCAGGCCUCUCCCGUAUUCCAGCAGUCGAUCCGAGGCCUGAACGGCGCGCUUACCACAUGCCGUAACCCUCCAGCCUGGUCGAUCGAAUCGGAGCUACUUGCCCCCACGUCGUCCUCCCGGCUAGGCGAAGCAGCCCUCUCCCAGCCUCUAUGCACUGCUGUGCAGAUUGCCCUGGUCGACCUUCUCCGCGCGGCGGGCAUCACGUUCGCCGCCGUCGUGGGCCACUCGUCCAGUGAAAUCGCCGCGGCGUAUGCGGCAGGCCUGCUGUCCGCGCAAGAGGCCAUCCUCAUCGCGUACUACAGGGGAUACCACGCCAAAGGGGCGAGCGGUGUACAUGGCGAGAAGGGCGGCAUGAUGGCGGUGGGCAUGGGAGUGGAGGAGGCGAUGGAUCUCUGCGACCAGGCAGCCUUUCAGGGUCGCCUGUACAUCGCAGCGAGCAAUGCCCCGGCCAGCGUGACGUUGAGCGGCGACUGGGACGCCGUGCAGGAAGCCAAGGCGCUCCUGGAUGAGCGGGGCAGGUUUGCCCGCGUGCUCAAGGUCGACACAGCAUAUCACUCCCAUCACAUGGACCGGUGUGCCGUCCCGUAUCACGAGUCGCUGUCUGAAUGUGGCAUUCGGGGGUCGGCGGAAAGCCAUGGAGGAUCCUGUGUCUGGGUAUCUAGUGUCUAUGGGCCAGCAGGGAAGCCCACCCCCAACGAGCUGAAGGGGAGAUACUGGCGCAACAAUAUGGUCCAGCCCGUGCUGUUCGCAGAAGCCCUGCGUCGCGUGCUUGUGGACGAGGGACCCUUUGACCUGGCGCUGGAGGUUGGCCCUCAUCCUGCACUCAAGGGACCGGCCCUGCAGACGAUGCAGGAAGCCAUCGGCAAGACACUGCCGUACACCGGGGUGCUCCACCGCGGCCAGGACGACGUGGCCGCUUUCUCUGAUGCGCUGGGCACCGCCUGGACCGUCCUUGGAUCUUCUUCCUCCCCCGUGCGCUGGGAACCGUUCGCCGCAGCACUGGGCGUACACCUCCCCUCGGUCCAGCGGGUGAUCAAGGACCUCCCGUCCUACCCCUGGGACCACGCGCAGCCGUUUUACCGACAGCCUCGCCUGCAAAAGCAGUAUGUGCAGCGACGUGCACCACCCCACGAGCUGCUAGGGGUGCGGACCAGCGACGACACCGACUCCGAGUAUCGCUGGCGAAAUAUCCUGAAGCCCGACUCGCUGCCCUGGCUGCGUGACCACCGCUUCCAGGGCCAAAUCAUUGUGCCCGCAGCGGCCUAUUGCGUGAUGGCGGUGGACGCGGCGCUGGCCAUGGCCGCGCCAGGGUCGUUUGUUAGGCUGGUGGAGGUCCAUGAUCUUCGGAUACAAGCCGGGAUCAGCAUGGGAGAUGACUCGCAGGGGGUGGAAACGCUGUUCUCCUUGGCUCGGACGGUUCAUUCCAAGACGUCUGUGUGGACAGCUUCGUUUACUCUGGACUGGGCCCCCGUGGACAACACGCUCCCCAUGAAAACUGCCGUGACGGGUACUGUAUGGGUGGAGAUGGGAGACUCGUCCGCCGAUGUGCUACCCAAACGGACAGGGGGACAUUUGGAUCUGCACGCGGUAAACACAGACGAGUUCUACUCCUCCAUGCAGGAUAUCGGGCUGGCGUAUACCGGCCCGUUCCGAGCUCUGACCUCCCUCAAGCGCCGUCUUGAUACAGCCCAUGGAGUUCUCCUGAAGCCGCACGAGGAAGAUUUGUCGACGUUGGCCAUUCGUCCAGCCCUGCUCGACGCAUCUUUUCAAACUGCUUUUGCGGCUUUUGCUGCUCCCGGUGAUGGUGCCAUCUGGACGGCGUUUCUCCCGCAGUAUAUUCAGCGACUACGCUUCAAUCCAAUACUGUGCACUACCCAGUCUGACCGGCAAGAGCCGGUGGAUGUUGAUGCCACCAUAACCAAGUUUUCUCCGGCGUCACCAGAGAGCCAAGCAAGCUUCACGGGAAAUAUCUGCGUCUAUAACGGGCAAGGGCAGAUGGAGAUCCAAAUCGAGGGCAUCACCGUCGCUUCUUUUGCAGCAUCGGUGGCCAACGACCGCGAUCUAUACCUCGAGACAGUGUACAAGGUCGAUCCCUGGAGUAGUUUUACCACGGCCGAUGAUCAGGCAAGCAGCAUCAUGGACAAUGAACUCCUCCUGUCAAAGGUUGGCUCGGGUGAUAUUGCUGAUAUCGAAGACAUCCUCUCGCAGAUGAGCGUGUCGCUCAGUGGCCAGAACCGGGAGUUACUCUGUGUCUGUGCCAAGCAGCUGCCGUCUCUCGUCCCUGCGCUCGUCAAGGAGAUGACGCUGGAGUCCAGCGAGCAGCGCUCCCUUCGCCACCAGUUGACCCACGUCGUCGAUCAGGUUAGCCAUCGAUUUCCUCGCCUACGAAUCCUCGAGAUGGACCUGAGUCAAACCGGAACCCUGGGCGCUCACUUUGGGUGUUCCCUGGCGGUUUCGUUCGUCUCGUACACUCACAUAUACACCGAUGGGGGCAUACUCCCGCACUUGGACACUGGAGAACUGCGACGGCAGCCUCACAAGAUUCGAGUAAAGCAGCUUCCGUCGGGUCAAUCGCUGAGCGAUGUGGACUUGGAGGAGGAAUCCUAUGAUUUGGUGGUCGUCGCUGGUCUAUCCGACGACCAGGAAGUCCUCCAUCACCAGCUGAGGGAGAUCCGGCAUGCCAUGGCUUUGGGCGGCUAUCUGCUCAUAGUCCAGACUGCGCGUGUGUCGCUGCAGGAGCGGCUUCUGCACUGUGUGUCUCCCGGUACAGCGAUUGUCUCUCGAGAUGCAGAAUCCUUGGAUAGUGGCCUCCUGCAGACCGUUCAGUUCACCCGUGUCACCUCUGAAUUUCACACUCCACGCCGGACCUCCUCGCUUCAUGUGGUCCAGGCAACCAGUUCAACUCUGGAAGCCUUCCGUUCGCCAUUGGCAUCCAUACUGCCGGUAGAUAUGCCCGGACAAAUCCUCCUGCUCGGUGGAACCAAGCCGGAAACCCACCAAAUCAGAUCCAAACUGGCCGACAUCCUCCCGCUUUACAACUACGAUGUCAUCACGGCACAAUCCUUGGAUGCCGUUCACGAAAGUGUGCUGCAUAAUGCUAGCGCCGCUGUCAUGCUGUCGGAUCUCGACGAACCGCUCAUGGCCAGUAUGACGGGAACCAAACUCGCUAAACUACAACAGCUCUUUGCGCCCAGCCGCUCCAUCCUCUGGCUGACCCGCGGCUUCCGCGAGGAUAAUCCGUACCAUUACGCCACACUCGGGCUGUCUCGCUGCGUGCGGCACGAGACGCCACGGCUUCGGCUGCAGUUUCUGGACGUCGACACCCUGAGCGGCAUUGAGGAUCUGGUCGCUGAGGUGUUUCUGCGCCUGCUGCGGACCGACGACGCCGAGAUGGCAGCAGCGCUCUGGUCCACCGAGUACGAAUUGGUGCUGCAGGACGGGCAGCUCUUGAUCCCACGGGUCCUCCCGAUGGAGGACCUUAAUCGGCGGUAUAACUCCGUCCGCCGGGUGAUAACUCCUGAAUUGGACGUGUCUCGGUCCGUGGUGGAGAUUGUUGGAGCCCGCGACGGUACAGAUGCUGUAUGGCAUGCCAACGACACCGGGGCUCCCGUGGCGCGGCUGCAACCGCUGGAUCCCACUAUUGUUGUGCGGAUGCGGUACUCGAGCGCGUGGGCCCUGCAGAUUGACGAAGGAGUAUUUGCGUUUGUCGGGAUUGGGGACACGCGGGACCUGAGGCAGGUGCUGGUUGUCUCAGCGUCCAAUGCAUCCUGCGUCUGCGUGCAUCGCGAGUGGACAUUUGAUGUGGGACACCUCCUUCGUCAGGGUCCGAGUUUGCUGGCACGGGUACUGGCAGUCCUCAUCGCAAAGGCCAUUCGGAGACAAAGUCCGCACGGCAUGGUCACCUUGUACGAGCCCACUCGGGCGUUGAUGGAUGUGCUGGAGGCUACUGAGGGCAAGUGCCGGUAUCUGACCAGCGAUACGCAGAAAGCUGCAAGUGACGACCGGUUGGUGUUUGUGCAUUCGCUCUUGACAGACGACAUCCUGCAAUCCUUUUUGCUUGUCAGUGGGACUUUUGUGUCCUUUGAAGACAAUGCAGCGUAUCUGAGGCUCAAAGGCCUCCUCCCUGCUUCGGUGGUCCAGCUGGACAAGGAGUCCUUGGUGCGGUUGAGUAGCACAACCGGAACGGACAGCUGUGGUCUGGCAGAGAGCACUGUAGUCAAACAGGCAGUUGCCCUGGCGAUCCAAAGCCUUGAGACUGUUGCGGAUGAUGCGCAAGAAGACAAUCCGAUUUCUCUCAACACCAUACUGGAAAAUAGUCCCCAGUCCAUGUUCACUAUGCUGGACUGGGUGAGCCGGCCAAAGGCCCUUGUACGCGUCCAGGCCAUCAGUGCAUCCUCUGUCCUGUCCGCUCACAAGACAUACGUGAUGGUUGGCUUGACAGGCGAAUUGGGUCAGAGUCUCUGCCGCUUUAUGGUUCGUCAUGGUGCUCGCUACAUUGCUGUUGCUAGCCGCAAUCCCAAUGCGGCGACCUCCUGGCAAGCGGAGCUCCAGUCCAUGGGCGCUACCGUACAGAUCAUGAAGCUGGAUGUUACCGACCUCGGGGCCGUCGACAGAUUCAAAAUCGACCUUGCUGGCCGUCUUCCGCCGGUAGGGGGAGUCGUGAACGGGGCCAUGGUCCUCUCCGACGGGCUUUUUGCCGACAUGACCAUCGAGGACUUUACCAAGGUGAUGAGGCCCAAGGUGACUGGCUCCUACAAUCUGAAUUUGAUCUUCAACGACCCCGACCUGGAGUUUUUCGUCAUGUUCUCCUCCCUUACGGGAGUGCCGGGCAACAAGGGCCAGUCGAACUAUACAGCUGCGAAUAUGUACAUGGCCGGCCUAGCCGCCCAGCGCCGAAAGCGAGGUCUGGCCGCCACGGUGCUCGACAUUGGCAUGCUUUAUGGGAUCGGGUACAUCAAUCGCACCGAUGGUGCUGAGAUCUACCGCAACCUGCGCCGCCAGGGCUACUGGCCCAUCUCUGAAAGGGACCUCCAUGGUAUGUUCGUCGAAGCAAUUGCCGCUGGCCGUCCUGGAUCGGGGACGAGCGUACAGCUAACCACCGGCCUGCAACGAUUCGGCCGGCCGGGCGAGGAGCUUCUCCCGUGGCAUGCGGACGCUCGCUUCUCGCAUUACAUGGUAGUAGACUCCUCUGGAGCGUCGACAGCGGCAGCCUCUGGGGGUGUGCAGAGCGUGCAGGAGUUACUCCGGGGGAGCCAGUCACUGGACGAGAUCGCGCAGACGCUGCGGGAUAGCUUUGCGACCCAGUUGGAGUCAAUGCUGCAUUUGGCGCCGGGGACGGUGAACAUGGACUCGCCCAUCAUUGACCUGGGCGUCGAUAGUCUUGUGGCUGUCGAGGUCCGCUCGUGGUUCCUGAAGAAUGUCGAGAAAGACAUGCCCGUGUUGAAGGUCCUGGGGGGUGGCUCCAUUGCCUCUUUAUCCGACGAGUUGGGUGCCCAGCUGUUCGCUGAACGUGCGCUGUCUAAACCGGUCGAAGCAAAUGCCUUGGACGCACAAUCCGUGCAUGGCAGCUCGACGGAGCCGUCUUCUCGCAGUGACACCGCUCUGCCGGUCAGCUCUUCUAAUACCUCUGAUUCGUUUGAAGGCGAUUGUGGAGACUGGGGGGAUAUACCUUCCUUCGAGCAGAUUGAGCCCAUGUCCUACAGCCAGGCACGUAUGUGGUUUCCUCAUCUGAUGCUGGAGGACAAGACGGCCUACAACUGCACCUCCGCAUAUCGGCUGCGCGGAGCCUUGGAUAUACCUCGGUUUGAGCAGGCGCUUCACCUGGUAAUGCGCAGACACCAGGUGUUCCGGACGUGGUUCUUCGUGGACGAGACGUCCGGCGAGCCCCUCCAGGCCGUCACCCGGUUCCCCACCUUUGCGUUACGAAAGAUCCUGAACGCUGAUGAUGAAAGAGACGUCAAUGAGGAGAGAGAGAAGAUUGGCAUGCACGUCUUUGACCUGGAGCAUGGGGACGGAUUCAUGGCAUCCCUUCUGGUUCAUAGCGAUGGCUAUUACACUGUUAUCUUCGGCUAUCAUCAUAUUCUACUGGACGGGGUCAGCUGGCAGCUCUUCCUACAGGAUUUGGAGAAGCUCUACAUGGCCCCAGGGAAGAUGACACCCAACACAACCCACUUUAUCGACUUUGCCGUCGCCCAGCGCAGUGACCUUGGCUCGCCCAAUAUGCUCAAGCGGCGAGAGUUUUGGAGAUCGACGUUCGCAGACGGGCUGCCACCCUCCCUCCCUCUAUUCCCCUUUGCCAAAGUCACUGCCCGUAGGCCCCUCGAACGCUACGAGGUCACCGAGCAUUUCGUCGAGCUGGACCGGUCCCUCGUGGCCCGUAUCAAAGCCGUCAGUGCGGACAACAAGGCCACAAGCUUCCAUCUCUACCUUGCCGUCUUCCAUGUCAUGCUCCACCGGAUCCUCAAAUCCGACAAUACCUGUAUCGGGAUCACGGAUGCCAACCGUAACGCGGCCAAUCACAUGGAUACUGUGGGGUUGCUUCUUGACACUCUGCCGUUGAGGCUCCGGCAGUCUGCCAAUAUCCAGACGUUCCAGGAACAGCUGCAGAACACCCGCAAUGCGGUCUACGCGGCGCUGGGACAGUCCGGUGUGCCAUUGGAGGUGAUACUGCGCGAGAUAGGCGCCGAGAGCUCCCCCACUGAGCCGCCCUUGUUCCAGGUGCUGGUCAAUUACCGCAUGGGCGCGAUCAAACAAAAGACGAUUGGCGACGUUCAGCUGGACUUUCUCUCCUACGAGGAUGCCCGGCACCCGUUUGAUUUCAUUCUGACGAUUGAUGAGGACGAGGGCCGCGGCGGGCUGACCCUAUCCGUGCAGGACUAUCUUUACGACAAGGCCGGAGCUGAUCUGAUUCUACAGACGUACAUCCAUCUGCUUGAAGCGUUUGUGUCUACGCCCGGGGCAGCCAUUCAAGAACCGUCUAUCUACCCACCGGGCCUGGUGACGGAGGCCCUCCGACUCAGUCUGGGUGAGAGCGUGUCGCGUCCCUGGGAGGAGGAAACACUCUCGCACCGGGUUGAUGAGAUGGUACGCCGCUAUCCGAGCGCUACUGCUGUCAAGGAUGGCUCGGCAGCGUGGACAUACGAGCAGCUGGCUCAUCGGGUGGCGCGCAUCGCGGCUUCCCUGAUGGAUCACGGCGCUGCCCGAGGUGCGCCCGUCGCUGUGUUCUGUGAGCGCUCAGCGGAUAUGAUCGGCUGCCUUUUGGCCAUCCUCAAGGUCGGAGCGGUCUAUGUGCCAUGCGACGUGAGGAACUCGGACGACCGCUUGUCCAGCAUCGUCCGCGACUCAGCCGCAGCACUGCUCGUCUGUGACCGGGGAACGGCACCUCGAGUGCCGCGACUGGGUCUAGACCAGGAUCAUCAACCGCUAAGGGUAUUGAAUGUGUCUCUCCUGAGGGAUCAGCAGACGCCACCCGUUCGGAACUACGCCUCGCGCCAUGAUCUGGCCUUCAUCAUGUUUACUAGCGGUUCGACAGGUAAGCCAAAGGGCAUCAAGCUCACACACGCAAACUUCAUGACGCAUGUCGCUGCUGCCACCGCGAGGAUGCGCUUGGGUCGGGAGGUUGUGCUGCAGCAGAGUGCCUUGGGCUACGACGCAUCUCUCGCGCAGUUCUUCUACGCACUAGCCAACGGCGGCAGUCUGGUGAUCUCCAGCAACCGGGCAGAGAUCCACGAGCUGGCGUCAGUGAUGCUCCGGGAGAGAGUCACCUUUACCCUCAUGUCUCCGUCGGAAUACACGGUGCUCCUGGAAUACGGGACGGGGAUUCUCUCGCAGUGCCGGGACUGGAGGGUCGCCAUGUGCGGUGGCGAGGCCUUCCUGCCCCGGCUGAUAGAGUCCUUCCGGGGUCCGAAUCUCCAGGGCUUACAGGUGUUCAAUGCUUACGGACCUACCGAAAUAUCCGUUGUGUCAAACAUAGGCCUGGUCGACUACCGCCGCGACACCAUAGCAGCCCCAGCCUCCAUCGGUACCGUUCUCGCCAAUUACAGUGUCUACCUGGUCGAUGAGGAACUGCACCCGGUGCCCCUGGGCUGGCCUGGCCAGAUUGCCGUCGGCGGACCCGCGGUGAGUAUGGGAUACCUGCACGACGACGACCUGACCCGCGAGAGGUUCAUCGUCAACGGUGCGCUGUCCGACGGCGCGGUCCACCUGACCGGCGACCUGGGCCAGAUGUUGCCGGACGGCUCACUGGUUUAUCAGGGACGCAUUGAGUCGAACACCCAGAUCAAGCUGCGGGGGAUCCGCAUCCAGCUGGCCGAUAUUGCCACGACAAUCGUGGAUGCAUCGUCAGGGGUGGUCGCCAAUGCGGCGGUGGGUACGAGAGGGGCCGGAGAGAGCCAGUUCCUGGUGGCCUAUGUUGUUUUCGCGACGGAGAGGCAACCACACAACGUGGAGGUUUAUGCGUCGCAGCUUCUGGCAAGCCUCCCGCUACCGCAAUACAUGAAGCCGGCAAUGGCUGUCCGGGUCGAUGCGCUGCCGCUCACGGCGAGCGGAAAGCUGGACUUCCGGGCCUUGAAUGAUAUUCCCCUGGGACCUGGCAGCGACACUGAAACCAAGGAAGAAGUCAGUGGGUGGAGCGAGAACGAACGGCGGCUGAAAAAGGUUUGGGAGUCUACGCUCGGGGAGACCGGGAUCACCAUCACCAGAACGACGGAUUUCUUCUCGGCCGGCGGCAACUCCUUGCUGCUCAUCAAGUUGCAGGCAUUGAUCGACAAGGGAUUCGGGACUCGUCUGCGGCUACCGGAUCUCUUCCGCGCCAGUACCCUCAAUGCAAUGGCAGCCCGGUUGGAUCGAGCCACCUCCCCUGUCCAAGAACCGCAAACGCCAGAACCAACCGAGGAUUACUCCCGACAUGACAUCGACUGGGAAACGGAAACGGCUCUCCCCAUCGAGCUACUCGCCACGGCACUCACGGGGACCCUGCAGUACCUCCUGCGCAAUCCCGAGAAGAUGGAGAAGCUCCAGCGGGAGAUCCGGAGGUCGCUGCGCAGUGCAGAGGAGUCGCUCAGCAUCCAGCACACUGCUAACCUGCCCUAUCUAACUGCCGUCCUCCAGGAAGGAUUACGGAUGUGUCCGCCGGCUCCGUCGAACCGGCCGCGACUUGUUCCUGACGGCGGGGCACAAGUCUGUGGCAGCUGGGUCCCUGCCGGGGCGUCGGUAGGCAUCCCCGUGUGGACGGCAUUCCGAUCCCCCCGCAACUUCGCGCAGCCAGACUCCUUCAUCCCUGACCUUUUUGGCUACGGGCCCCGGGACUGCCUCGGUCGGCGACUGGGUUGGGCAGAGCUGCGCGUGAUUCUGGCGAGUCUGGUCUGGCAUUUCGAUAUGGCGAACCGGAGCCCGGAGAAUCGCUGGGAGGACCAGGUGGCCUUUGUUAUGUGGGAGAAAAAGCCUCUGUAUCUGGGGUUGGCUCCAGUGCAGCAUGAUGGAGCGAAUUGA